AUGGCUGGCCGGCGACAGAUUAUGACGCGCUGGGCAAACGCCGCGCUGAACGUCCGCCAAUUCUCCACAUCCGGCCCCCGCCAGUCCGCGGGCCUCAAGAUCAACGCCGACCGCCUCAACAAGACGCUGCACGACACAUGCCAAUGGGGUGCCGCUCAUCGAUAUGGAAGUGGUCCGACGGAGACGGGAAUGGCUCGUCUCGCCCUUACAGACGACGAUGCUCACGUCAGGCGAUGGUUCGCCGACGAGGUCAAAAGCCUUGGCUGCAGCCUCACGGUUGAUCAAAUGGGCAAUAUGUUUGCGAAGCGCCCAGGCGCGGGCAAGGUCAAGGCCCCGAUGAUUGCCAUGGGCAGCCAUCUCGACACGCAGCCACGCGGCGGCCGCUACGACGGUAUCCUAGGCGUGAUGGCUGGUCUUGAGGCGCUCCGCACGCUGCAAGAGAACGGCUACAAGACAAAUUUCGACAUUGGCCUCGUCAACUGGACAAACGAGGAGGGAGCCCGGUUUCCCAAGUCCAUGGUCUCGUCCGGCGUCUGGGCAGGUGCGAUCCCGAUAGACAAGGCCUGGAAUCUGGCAGACGUUUUCGACCCGGCGACAACGAUGAAGUCGGAGCUCCAGAAGCACGGCUACCUGGGCGACGUGGCCUGCUCGAGCGACGCGGCAGCAGGUGUCCCUCUGUCCGCUCACUUCGAGCUGCACAUCGAACAGGGCCCGAUCCUCGAGCGCGCGGGCAAGAAGAUUGGCGUCGUCUCUGGAGCUCAGGCGUACAAGUGGUUCACCUUCACAGUCGUCGGCCGCGACGCCCACACUGGCACGACACCCCUCGAAGCCCGCAGCGACCCCUUGCUCGCGGCGGCCAAGAUGAUUGCGAGCUCGCAUGCAAUCGCAAAGAAGUACGGUGCGCUGGCGUCGACCGGCAUUGUCAAGAUUCCAACAAACUCCUCCACCAACACGAUCGCCUCUGAGACGAGUUUCACCCUGGAUAUACGGCACCCGGAAGACGGGGUCGUUGCCGAGGUGGAGAAGCUGUGCCUCGACUCCUUUCGGCAAAUAAGCAAGGAAGACGGGAAGGGGGUAGCCUUGAGCUGGACUCUCGAUACCGACUCCCCGGCCGUCAAGUUCGAUUGGGAUUGCAUACAGGCGGUCGAGGCGGCGGCCACUGAGCUUGUCGGCCCUGACGGCUGGCUCCCCAUUACCAGCGGGGCAGGUCAUGACAGUGUCUACACGAGCAGCAGAUGUCCGACGACCAUGAUCUUCGUUCCAUGCCGAGACGGCGUGAGCCAUCACCCGGAGGAGUAUUGCAGCCCAGAGGACUGCGCCAUCGGUACACAGGCACUCUUGGACGCUGUUUUGUACUACGACGAGAGGAAGGGUAGCACGAUAAGCUGA